AUGGCGGAUGGUCAUGCAAUGUAUAGCUCUGUUAUAAAUACGCUUUUACCGGAUAAUAAUCAUCUCACUGACACAAAUAGUGAUUUGGCUAAAGAUCUUAGUUCUACACAAACGAUUAAUGAUGAAAUAACUGCCUUGGCUAUGAAGAAUCUGAAGUUAUCUUGGGCUGGUGAUUUCGAAUCUUUAAAACGUGUUGUUAGUGAUUAUAUAAAAUUUGACGGGAGAUGGACUUCGCCCGGAGGAGAGAAGAAAGUUUGCAGUAAUCCAGAUACCUCUAUCACCUGGUGGAAAAAUAAAAAGUUCCUUCUGGUUGAAGGUAAUCAAGCUGAAAGGAUAAUUGAACUAUUUAUUGUAAUUUUAACGAAUAUCGCUUCGUUUCGCCCCUCAGAUCGGCCGGGUAAUAUAAACAUAGAUCUCCCGAAUUCAGAUAAAAUUAAUCUUGUUAGUUCCUGUUCGUGCAAAUGUAACAAUUUGACUGUUGAUAUCGAAGGAAUAAAACUAGAUAACGUGGUUCUUGAGUCGAGGAUGGAACAUAAAACCAACACUAACACUGAAAUUAUCAAUAAUGUACAACAAGAGUUGCUUAAGUUGCAGAGUAAAUGUGACAUGUUAGCUGAUCGAGUGGGAAAUAUAGAGAGCUCAAACGAUGAGCGAGACAGUGAUACUAUCGCUAGUUUGGAACGCCAAAAUAAAUUUCUUGUUGAGGAGGUGAAAACCUUAAAUUUUAAGUUGGAAAAUCUCGAGAAGAAGGCAAAAGCUGAGAACGCAAAAGCUGAGAACGCAAUUAAUAUUCAUGCUAAUGAUAUUUCCUCUCCUAAAACCACCCAUGUGAAUAAUGAAAUGCAUGUUAUGAGUAUAAGUAACCUUAUUCCCUCUCCUAAAACCACCCAUGUGAACAAUGAAAUGCAUGUUAUGAGUAUAAGUAACCUUAUUGUUGAUGACUCUGAAGAAAUUAGCAUUGUUUCUAGCGUUAAUGACCCGUACCACACUAAUGUUGGUCACAAUACGUGUAAUGGAAAUCAACCGAGUGGCUCUUUACCUAAGGAACCUUGUUAUCCACAUGAGUCUAAUCAACAACAAAGUAUUCCAGUUCGUAUUACCUCAAUUAGGAAAUCAAAACAAACCCGUAAAAAAGUUAACUUGAGACAAACAGAGCUCAACCGUUCAAAUACGGUUUAUAGCGUGGAAAGUUGUGUAUCUACACAGGGGAGUAAACAAUCAAGAUCAUCCGACAAAAACAAAAGUCAUAACAAUCACAGAAAAACUAACAAUGAGGGUUUUUGUACGGGUCUCUCGAUGAGAGACAAAAUAGGAUGGUUCAACUUUUAUUACUGA